AUGCAAGAAAAAUGCAACUAUAAAAUAUUCACCAAUGGUUAUGAAAUUGUACACAGGUCCGACUGUCUAAAUGCGAAUUCUAUAUCGUUGGUAUCAGAUUCUCGAGUAAUUCGGUCCCACGUCAGUUAUCGUUCCAAACGUUGUGACCAGAUAUAUUCUGAUGGAUAUACCGAAGACGGUGUGUAUAGGAUAUGGCUGACUCACGGAUAUCGCUUCUUGUCGGUUUUCUGCGAUAUGCGCACUGUGGGUGCGUUUUCACAGAAACGGGGUUGGAUGGUUAUUCAGAAAAGGCUUAAUGGAGAAGUGAAUUUUGAUAGAGGAUGGGACGAUUAUGUGAACGGUUUUGGAUUCCCCAACAUGGAAUAUUGGAUUGGCUUGCAGAAUAUGGAACAGUUGCUGAUUCAAAAAAGAAUCAGAAAAGGAGAUGAGACAAAUUUAGGUUUAAGAAUAGACUUCACAGAUUGGGAUGGAGUUAGCGCGUUUUCAGAGACUGUAUACUUUUACAUGAACUCGGUAAUUGACGACUUUAAGGUAACACGGAUCGGAAGAGUACAAGGUACAGCGGAAUUGCGCAGGCCUUUGGCAUCUGUUGUUGGUUUUCGAUUUUCUACGCAUGAUCACAAUAACGACAUUCGGCGUGACAGCAAAUGCGUUAGAGAUCAAAGAGGCGGAUGGUGGUUUGGUAGUUGCUCGUAUAUGAAUAUGAAUGGGAUAUAUUCAAAACCAAAAGAAACAAUGUCGAAGUCUAAAAUAUUUGUCCGAUUUUGGAAACAGCUUAAUCCCAAUAACACUGCUCUGCGCUAUGUUUCUAUCAAGUUGCAGUAA